UAUACACUAUUUAUUUUAUUUUAAAGAUUACUAUUUCAGUUUGAAAUCGUGGGGGAGAUAUCUAUUUAGGGUUUCUGAUAUAUUGGAUCCAUCGGUUGAUUGAUCAAUACGAAAGAAUGUCAACGAGCAAGAAAAUUACUCUGAAAAGCUCCGAUGGUGAGGCGUUCGAGGUAGAUGAAGUGGUGGCUUUGGAAUCGCAGACGAUAAAGCAUAUGAUAGAGGACGAUUGCGCCGACAACGGAAUUCCUCUUCCUAAUGUAACCAGCAAGAUCCUCUCCAAGGUCAUCGAGUACUGCAAGAAGCACGUUGAGGCUACCAAGGCCGACGAUCGUGCAGCCGGCGUCGACGAAGAACUCAAGGCCUGGGAUGCCGAGUUCGUCAAAGUCGAUCAGGCUACCCUUUUCGAUCUCAUCCUCGCUGCAAACUAUCUCAACAUCAAGAGCUUGCUGGACCUGACUUGCCAGACAGUUGCAGACAUGAUUAAGGGAAAAACUCCAGAGGAGAUUCGCAAAACAUUCAACAUUAAGAAUGACUUUACUCCAGAAGAGGAGGAGGAGGUUCGCCGGGAGAAUCAGUGGGCUUUUGAGUGAAAAUUCUGAAGUGAACAAUAUGUAAUUCUGUCUUUUGUUUUUUUUCUUUGGACAUGUGUUUCCUGGAACUUCCUUAGUAAAGUGUUAAACGAUUGUUAUUUGGCUUCCGUAUUGUUCAAACCCCCGUUCUGUUUCCCUAUUGUGGUGUCCUUUUGAAUCUUGUUAUUUAUGUUAAUAUAGUAUAUAUAUUCCACCAACCUUUUUUC